AUGAAAGUGACACGGGUUUGCGUUUUGUUGUGUUGUCAUUUUGUCAUUUGUACGGCAGAGUGGUUUACAGCAGCUGGAAUUGCAUUGGCAGGUAUCUUCGUUGCAAAACCGUUGUACUGUAGACUUAAAGAGUGCUGUAAAGAAAGAUGGAUCCCUCGUAAUAUUACACGCUUAGAUGUGCAAUUGAACGAACAAGUAUUUGGCCAACACAUCGCUGUGGAAGUGGUUUACAAAGCUAUUAAAGGUCACGUGCUAGAUCCAAAUCCUUCUAAGGCUUUGGUGCUUUCCCUUCAUGGAUGGACAGGAUGUGGUAAGAACCACAUCAGCACUAUUAUAGCAGACAGCCUUUACAAGCUUGGAGGAAAUAGUAAAUAUGUGCAUAAAAUAAUUCCAACCAAAGAUUUUCCCAAUGCUAACAAGUUGUCAUAUUACAAAGACAUAUUACUGAAGAAAAUCAUUGAGAGCGUCAAGAAAUGUUCUAAAACAAUGUUCAUCUUUGACGAGGUUGACAAGGCUCCCCAGGGACUGCUGAAUAUAUUAAAACCAUUUCUUGACCAUCAUCAAAAGAUUGAUGAUGUUGACUAUCGAAAGUGCAUAUUUAUUUUUCUUAGCAACACAGGUGGAAACCAUAUCAACAAUUUCGUUAUUAACCAUUGGAAACAGGGAAAGAAACGUGAGAAUCUUGAUGUUAAAGACAUGGAAAGCAUUCUCAACAAGGCUGUGUAUAAUAUUGAUGGUGGUCUAUGGCAUAGUGACUUAAUCUCACAUAAUGUUAUUGAUUUUUUUGUUCCUAUUUUGCCUUUGGAGCGACGGCAUGUCAAAGAAUGCAUUAAAGUAGAUCUCUUGCGAAAGAAUAGGAAUCCAUCAGAGGAUAUUGUGAAUAAAAUUGCCGAUCGUUUGCAGUAUGGUUCAGAUAUGAUGUUCUCUACAACAGGAUGCAAACGAGUGUCUACUCGUGUUGAUGAGAUCCUGUAUGACCGUAAACAGUUAGCAUUAUGAAGUAAAAACCUUUUCAUAACACAUUCAUAGAGUAAUUAAAUUACUUCUAUUUUAAUGCAAAGCUUCUCUCAUGAAACCUCUUUAAGAAAGAUGUUUGGCCACUAAGAGCUUACCAGCCAUUUGCAUGGUCAUUUCACUUAGAAAAACAACUUACAACAACAAACAAUGAGAAUAAAGUAAAGCAAUAACGCAAUGAAACUCAAUGAACAAUGAAAAUAAAUUCUAAACUGAAA